GGUUCUGACACACCGACGAUUGUGAAGGACAAACUGAACCAGAUGCUACACAGUAUCCUGUUCUUAGGUAAUAUUCAUCCUGCACAGUACAACCCAAAAGACAUCUUUGCUGAGACAGAAGUAUUUAAGAAAACUAUGGAUGAUUUCCCAGCAUCAUUUAAAUAUUACCAAACCCAUGUGGCUAAACGCACACCUUUCUCCUACUUUCUGGAACUGGUCACAAUAUGCUAUGACGAAAACAAUGAAAACAUGGUAAAGGGAAAGCUGUGUGAAAUAUUACGUGGUUGUAAAAAAUCAGGUGAUCAAUACCCUCUGAUUUCAGUUGUUAUAUGCAUCUGUGAGAGAGGAGAGUCGAGAUACUAUGGAGCAUCUCUGUCCUGUGAAAGUGAUCGAGAGAGAGAGAUCAUGACUAGCGUGUCCUGUCUGCAUGUUUGGGAUCGCUUGGUUUCCUUUGCUGUGAUGUCUGUGUUUUCUGCGGACCCUGGAGGAGUACGUACAAUCCAAUUCCAGUGUCAGUGUAGAGCGUAUGCACUGGAGAACAUGGAACAAGAGAAACCACCUUGUGGGCGCUGCAGUCAGCUUUAUUCUCUCCCUAAUCCUGAUCCUGAAGACAUAGACUUUCGAAAUCCUGCUGGUAACUGUGCUGAGACAGAGGCAAUAAGUAACCUUCUCCUUCAAAAAAACAGUGGUGUCAUCACUGAAGGUGUUUAUGAACACCAGGUGAUUGAGGAAGUAAUGACAGCUUGCUUUAAUAGAAACAUAAAUGAGAUUAUGGAAAAACGGGGCAGGGGAAAUCGGAAUGAGUAUAACAUCAAUACAUUCUAUCCCUGAAAGCCUGUGAUUGUCUAAAUGAAUUAUCCUGGAUUAUGCAGCUUUUGCCUUUAAAGCUCUGUGAUCUUAAAUCUGUAUGAUGAUGUAUGUUUAUUAUACUGAAUUAGGCAGAACCUUUUCUUUGUCACCUCUGAUAUUUGCCACUUAAACACAUCAAAUAAUGCAUGUUUAUAAGAUUAUACAAUUAUGAAAAAAACAGCAUUUAUUUAAGCAUUUUGAUUGCAUUAAAUAAAGCAUGACUGAU